UCCAACCACUUUGUAAAUUAGUAAAUUUCAAUUCUUGCCCACCUUUGAUGACGAAUUCAAUAGCAAAACCAGUAUAUUCUUCUCAGUAGUAGACUGGUAGUACGAGGGAGUUUUUGUUUUUGAACGAUCAGAGGAAGACGACGAGCUUCUUUCUGAAUUCUAAUAAGCCUUUUCAAGUACGAGUUACCAACUUUCAAUGCUUCAUCAAAGCUGCUACCCUUUAUCGAGCUCUUCGCCCAUCUAGCUGUAAUUUUGUACCAUUCAUCCUGAAUCUUGAGGCAGAGGUGCAGAAGCGAUGAUGAAACAUUCAAAGUUGAAAUCGAUUCAUGAUCCGUCAAUUUAUGAUUUAUUUUCUGCUUCCCACCACCCACCCUUUAGAGGUUUUUCUUCAGUUGCAGGGAACUUUUUUCUUGCUUCACUUGAUCUGAACUCAUCUCUCUGCAUCUCUUAAGCGGAGCAAGAAGAAUAUUAAUGGUCAUUUUUUUAUUUAUUUUUAUCUCUUCCCUCAUUCUUUAUAAGACAAAAGGAGCUUAAAAACGCAACUAUCGGUGGGUGUGGGUCACAUGACUCAUCUACGCCAUCGUAGCCAUGUGACCUUCUCUCUCUAAUAAUCUCUCAUCCUGCAAGAAGCCCCAGAAGAAGGGGAAAUUUUAAAAUCACCAAACCCCAACCAAACCUAGCAAGAAGAAGUGAAGAACAGAAAACAAUCCCUUUUCUCUUUUCUCUUUUCUCUCUUCUCAAGACAAAAAAACGAACCCCAACAUCCAAUCUUGGUUUCUUCGUAUUCAUUUCAAGAUUCAAUCAGCACUGAAAACCCCCUCUUUACAACUUAAUCCAUUUCUCAUACUCUCUGAUUUUUUUCCCAGUUUGAUUUGGUAUUCUUUAAUUUUUGCGGAAAUGGUGUUCAGAAGAACAUUCAAGAGCAGACGCUUAUAUUUGAGGAUGAAGUUCUUAGACCGCCAUGGAAGACACGAUAAGAGCUUCUGUUACAGAUAUUUCAGAUGGGUUCUUUCGUUUUCUUUAAGCCUUUAUUUCUUCAGCUCUUAUCUUAUCAGUAGCUCCAGCACAACCUCAUCACUGCAUAAAGCUACAGUCUCUAUUUCGCGAACCAGCAGCGUUUCCCGAGCACUGUUCGAAACCAACACGACGGAUCUGCAACAACCCAGAAGCCAAAAUCCAGUCUUGUCUCGAGGUUUGUUCAACGAUCUAAAGGUAUAUAUCUACGAUCUCCCCCCGGAAUACAACAGUGACUGGCUGGCAAACGAUCGGUGCAGUAACCAUCUGUUCGCUGCGGAAGUCGCGAUACACAAGGCUCUGUUGAGUAGCGAUUUACGGACGGUCGACCCAUGGGAAGCCCAUUUUUUCUUUGUCCCGGUUUACGUUUCCUGCAACUUCAGUUCUGAGAAUGGGUUUCCGGCGAUUGGUCAGGCGCGGCCUCUGUUAGCGUCAGCGGUUCGCCUCAUCUCUUCUAAACUGCCGUUCUGGAAUCGAAGUGGUGGGGCUGAUCAUGUUUUCGUUGCUUCCCACGAUUACGGUGCCUGUUUUCACGCUAUGGAGGACGAAGCGAUCGCAGAUGGGAUUCCGGAGUUCUUGAAGAGAUCGAUUAUGUUGCAGACAUUUGGAGUCAGAUACCGGCAUCCUUGCCAAGAAGUGGAGAAUGUGUUGAUUCCACCUUAUGUGUCGCCGGAGAGUAUACAAUCCACGCUCAAGAGGAUGCCGGAGAACGUCAAGAGGGACAUAUGGGUUUUCUUCAGAGGGAAGAUGGAAGCUCAUCCCAAGAACGUCAGCGGACAUUUUUACAGCAGGCGAGUACGGACGGUCAUGUGGCAGAAGUAUCACCGGAACCGGAAGUUUUACCUGAAGCGGCACAGGUACGAUAAGUAUCAAUCAGAGAUCGUGCGGUCGGUCUUCUGCCUCUGCCCGCUUGGGUGGGCCCCGUGGAGUCCGAGGCUGGUGGAAUCGGUUGUCCUAGGCUGCGUCCCAGUCAUAAUAGCUGACGGCAUCCGAUUUCCCUUCCCCGACGUAGUCCGGUGGUCGCAGAUCUCGCUGACGGUGGCGGAGAAGGAUGUCGGGAAGAAGCUUGGAAGGAUACUGGAGCAUGUGGCCGCGACAAACCUCUCUGACAUCCAGAGGAACCUGUGGGACCCAGUGAACAGGAGGGCCCUACUUUACAACAAUGAGAUCGACGUGGGUGAUGCGACGUGGCAGGUUCUGCAUGAACUAUCCAAGAAGCUGGAUAGAUCGUAUAGGAUUUCGAGACUUUUGAGCCAAUGAUUUUCUGACAGGUGCGCUUGAGGAUUGCUAUUGAAUCAAACGGGUGGCAUGUAGGCAGGUAUUGAUAUACUGGUUUCUGCCAGCCUGGACGCUCAUACGGAGGCAAAAUAAUAGAGGACAGAGGGCGGUGGGGGUCCGAUUUCGAAUAGGCUUAUAUAUCUCUUAGGUGGGGCCCAUCCACCAGAAAAGCGCGGCAUUCGUAUGGUUCAUUAAUGAACCGUAGAUGUGGUAGGCAAAGUCACGGAAUCAUCAAUACCGAACGUACGGUGACAGCGUUUUGGGAUUCUGGAAAACAUUUCCCGUCCUAUCUUGUCCUCCGUUCAUGCCUUUUCCAGCUCAGGGCUUUGAGGUAAAUAUUGUAAUUUUGCUCAUAUUUUGAUACUGUAGUGCUGUAGGCAUUACCUUUCAAUCUUUUUCAUUACAACUCAGCAAAGAAAUGUGUAGUAGCUAAAUUUCAUUCAAUUCAACAAUGACAUGUGAUUAAGGUUCGGUUCAA